AUGGGCUAUGCACAAAAACGUCUGGCGAGCACGGCCGCCAAACUAGCCUCGGUCUCUACCGCACACCUCAAAGCCUUCCCCCCGUCCGAGGCCGUCGUCUCUGGCUCCUCAAAACUACACUUUUUCGACACUCAGGCAUGGGCAACCCUCCAGCCCGCCCCACCCACCGCCCUCACCGCAUUCGCACACCGCAUAGGUCUCGGAAAGGUCCUCACCUCCACAGACACCAUCCAGCAGGCGUGCACUCACUCCUCGUUCGUACCACUCUUCAAGCGACAUCAUCCGAAAGACCCUCUACCUGCCACGAAUGCCAACCUGGAAACCCUCGGGAACUCGCUGCUCGGUCUCUUCGCGACAGAAUACGUGAACGCGUCCUAUCCGCACCUUCCGACGCGUGUUCUCAAGGCCGCGGUAAGUGCUUACGUUGGUCCCACGACCUGCGCAGGCAUCGCAAAAGAGAUGGGUGCUACACCCCUCCUGCGAUGGCACAGAACAUCGAAUACACCGCUACGACCCGGCGUCCUGCAUCCGGACGCCCUUUCUUCGAUCCCGCGUGCACUGACCGCACUGGUGUACCAGAACCGCUCGCUGCUCUCGGCCCGGAAAUUCGCACACAAGUUCUUUCUCAGUCGUGAAGUGGACCUGCGUAGCAUGAUAAAAUUCCGCGAUCCUAAACAAGCACUGCUGGAGACCGUUGCCAAGUUUGGGCGAGAACGGCCCGUCUCAAGAUUAUUGAAAGAGACAGGUCGUUUCUCGAAAUCGCCAGUAUUCGUAGUGGGCAUCUAUUCAGGAGCGGGCAAGCUCGGAGAAGGGUUUGGCAGCUCCUUGAAAAUGGCAGAGUUCCGAGCGGCUGAGGAUUCGUUGCUCCGACUCUACCUCACACGGCAGCCACCACAUUUAGUGCAGCUGCCGACAUCGACGUUCCCCGAGGGCACAGGUAGUGUCCUUGAGGUGCAGGGACCCGAGAGCGCGUACGUGCCAGGCGCCAUGGGCGACUCCGAGGUGCUCUACGGCAGUUCGGGGCGGAGUGGGCUGCGGGCCCCUGGACGGCGCGCGCAAGGGGACGAGGAGGAUCUAGAGGAUAUAUAG